CUUUACUCUGAAACGCAACAACAGAGAUCAAACCUUCAGUUUUAAAGUAGCUGGGUUAAUCAUUAAAUUGUUACACAGCCAAAUUCUGUGUGGGUCAGUUCCAGAGACAUCCACCUCCAACCUCUUUGCCAUCAAGCUGAAAGGAUACAUUCAACUUCCAGCAGCUCCAGCAGUCACUUCUUGCUCUGCAGCCUGAUCCUCUUCAUCACUGUCACCAUGGUUAUAAAUGAGGAAUAUGAAUGCCCGGUGUGUUUCCAAGCAUACUCGAGGCAAGACCGGAUUCCCAGGGUCCUUCACUGCCAACACACCUUCUGCACCCCCUGUCUGGAUGUCAUGUCCACACUGCAUGGUGGCAUCCGCACUGUCUCUUGCCCGCUGUGUCGCUGGAUUACCUGUACUCGUGUCAGCCUCACCUUAUCCGGGUCCCUGUGGGUCAACACACAGGUUUGGGACCAGAUCUCAACGAAGGAAAAUGACAAGGACAAAGACGCAGUGGAUGAGUGCUUGAAGAAUUGCACAGAGAAGCAGCUUCCCAAUGCAAAUUCCCCUGCAUCAAGACACUCUGGUUUUAAAUCCAAACUCCAGAAAUGCCUGAAAAUCAUCAGCUGUGUGGCGGUGCCAAGAGACCAAGUGGAAAGUUGAUAACCUACUGUAUGUGACAUGAGAAAUGUUAUUAGAGGCUCCCUUUUUCCUCAUGUCGGACUUGAUAGACAUGAGGAAUGUGAAUGUGAAUUGCCAAGAAAGACUGAAUUUACUCUCUUGCAUUGUUAUCUUUAUCUUGCACGACUGUCUGCUGCAAUGUUGAAGUGACAA